AUGUCUGAGAUGCAGGAUUACAGUGAGUGGACCAAGGAUGCAUUGAUUAAACGAUUACAAGAAUAUGAGUCAGGGGCUAACCAAAAUAAAUCUAUUCAUCGAAUUCCAAGUUGUGAUCAAGUUUCGAAAAACGCUAAAAAGCCGCGGAGGGAUUUCGACUUUUCUAAGUAUAAUCGGCGAAGAAUAGCCCUCAAAUUUUCGUAUCUUGGUUGGAAUUAUCAUGGACUCGCUUAUCAAAAUGAUACAUCCAAUGUCCCAACGGUAGAACUGUUUAUAUUGAAAGCUUUAGAGAAAACAAAGCUGAUCUCCAACUUGGACCCGACUGAAUGUGAUUUUAGCAGAUGUGGUAGGACUGACAAAGGUGUGAGCGCAAUGAAUCAGGUGAUUUCUUUAACUAUUAGGUCGAAUUUGACCGAAGACGAGAUGACAGAUCCCCUCAACGACGUAAAAGAGCUUGACUAUGUGAAAAUUCUGAACAAGGUUCUCCCCGAAGACAUAAGAAUCCAUUCGAUUUGUUUAAGACCACCAGAAGGGUUUGAUGCUCGAUUUUCCUGUCUCUCCAGACAUUACAAAUAUUUCUUUGAGCAAGCGAAUCUGAAUAUUGAGAUGAUGCAAAAGGCUGCAUCUUAUUUCGUUGGUGAACACGAUUUCCGUAACUUCUGCAAGGUAGACGGAUCCAAACAGAUUGUUAACUACAGACGGAAAAUUAUAUCCUCGUCGAUAGAAAGAACCGAUUUGGGACCGAACACUUACGUUUUCAAUCUCAAGGGAUCAGCAUUUCUUUGGCAUCAGGUGAGAUCCAUGAUGUCUAUUCUGAUUUUGGUGGGCCAAGAACUAGAAGAACCUGAAAUAGUAAGAAAGCUUCUUGACGUUAAACUCUUUCCAAGCCGUCCUAAUUACACAAUUGCCAGUCCUCUUCCUUUGGUUUUGUAUGAUUGCGAGUUUGACAGCAAUGUCGUAUGGUCAAAGUCUCUUACUUCAGACAGAAUACAAUUUGCGAAGUUUGACCAGAUGUGGAGAGAUCUGAAAGCAAAAUACGCUAUCGUUACCACGAUGAAACAUGUCAUCGAACCUAGUGAAGAAAGGCAAAAUCAUGGUUCAAGUAACUGUAGCGCGUCAAGGAAGCAUUCUUAUACACGAAUUGAACAGAGGGAAUGUCUUGAGACACCGGACAAUAUCAACAAGAGGUGGCUUCAAAAGAGGGCUUCCGGUUGUAAGUAA